AUGCAAGUGUUACAAGUCAACGCACGCCGCGAGACCGGGAGAAAAGCCCAAAUGCAAAACAUAUCCGCGGCGAAAGCGGUGUCUGAUGUCGUUCGAACGACGUUAGGCCCACGGUCGAUGUUGAAGAUGAUUCUGGACGCCUCUGGAGGCAUCGUGAUUACGAACGACGGGAACGCGAUUUUGAGGGAAAUCGACGUGACGCACCCGGCGGCGAAAUCGAUGAUCGAGCUCGCGAGAAGCCAAGACGAGGAAGUUGGAGACGGGACGACGAGCGUGAUUAUCUUAGCCGGGGAAAUUUUACAUCUUUCCAUUCCGUUUUUGGAGAAAGACGUGCACCCGACGGUUAUCGCGAGAGCGUUUUCAAAGGCGUUGGAGAAAGCGGUGGAGAUUAUCGACGCGAAAAUUGCGUUUCCGUUGGACGUGGAGAACAGAGAAGAGUUGUUGAAGAUUGUGAGGUCGAGCGUGGGGACGAAGUUUACCGCGAGGUUAGGGGAUUUGGUGCCGAAUUUGGCCUUGGACGCGGUGCAAACGGUGAAGACCGUAGGCCCGGACGGCAAGUCGGCGGAGAUUGAUAUUAAAAAGUUCGCGAAAAUGGAAAAGAUUCCCGGUGGGGCAAUCGAAGAUUCCACCGUUUUGAAAGGUGUCAUGAUGAAUAAAGACGUGUGUUUACCGGGUAGGAUGUUAAGGAAGAUUGAGAAACCGAGAAUUUUGUUGCUCGAUUGCACUUUAGAAUAUAAGAAAGGCGAAAACCAAACGAACGUGGAGAUUACGAAGGAGGAAGAUUGGGAAGUGCUUUUGAAAAUGGAAGAAGAUUGGAUCAAACAGCAGUGCGAUAUCAUUUGUUCGUUUAAACCGGACGUGGUGAUUACCGAGAAAGGCGUCUCGGAUUUGUGCUGCCAUUACUUGGCCAAGGCAAACGUGACUGCGAUUCGACGCGUGAGAAAAACGGAUAACAAUCGCAUCGCCCGAGCGACGGGCGCGACCAUCAUCCACAGACUGGAAGAGUUGCAAGAAUCCGAUAUCGGUACCGGUGCCGGGUUAUUCAACGUCGAGAAAAUUGGCGACGAAUACUUCACGUUCAUCGUCGAUUGCGAUGAACCGAAAGCAUGCACGAUUGUCUUGAGAGGCGCCUCGAAAGACGUCUUGAACGAAGUGGAGCGUAACUUAAUCGACGCCAUGGGUGUCGCCCGAAACAUCUUAAAAGACCCUCGCUUACUCCCAGGCGGUGGUGCGGUCGAAAUGGCCAUCUCUAGAGAACUCUCCAAGUUUGCAGAUACUGUCCAAGGGACGGAACAACUCCCUUUUCGCGCCAUCGGCACGGCGUUGGAGGUGAUCCCGCGAACGUUGGCGCAAAACUGCGGCGCGAACGUCAUCCGAACCUUAACCAAACUGCGCGCGAAACACGCGGAAUCUCCAGACGGAGAAAACUCCACGUUUGGUAUCGACGGUGAAAAAGGAACCAUCGUCGAUAUGAAAGCCUUGGGCGUUUGGGAACCGUACGAAGUCAAGGCGCAAUCGUUGAAAACCGCCGUGGAAAGCGCGUGCAUGUUGUUGAGAAUCGACGACGUCGUCAGCGGGUUGAGGAAGAAAAACCGAGACGGGAACCCCGGGGAGGUUGAGAAUAUGAGUCCAGAAGAGGACGACUAA